UCCGGUAGCCACGAGUUGCUGGUUUUGUAUUCCACAUUUUCUACACAUUUUAUAUUUCUUAGUCAGGCAACUCUUUGCCAAACGGUCAUUGUGAAUGGACGUUUAAGAAGAGUAAGUUUUUAUUUACAUCGCUUUUAAUGGAAUUUUGUGUAAUUUGCUAAAAUAUAUUUAAAUAGAAGAGGAUUUGAUUGGCAUAAUAAACAAUGGGCACCGUUGAGAAGAACAACAUUCUCGAUAAUGAAACACUUAACGAAAUCACUAAAGAAUUCCAAGAAAUAACUGAAGAUCCAACACAAUUCCUACUUGUUGUGCCUACAAAAAAGCAGGAAGAUAUAAAAGCAUUAUUACAAAAGACGUAUCAAGCUUGUGUACGGAACGAUGAAAGUAGUAAGAAUGCGCUUGAAAUACUGCCGGAGCUCGUUGUGGAGGACAUGGAUGAAGAACAGAUUUGGCAACAGUUGGAGCUCCGCAACAAUACAAUAUUGUCAACCUUAGUAGAAAAUGCUUCCAAGUUAUUGUCACUUAAGGAAGAGAAACUGGAAGUGCGACUAGAUGAAGAAGAUGAUCAAGAAAUAGAAGAGGAGCUAGAAGAUAGUGAAAACGGAGCAAAAGAUAAUUCGGGAGAUGCAGAUUUAUUUAACAGCGAGGUCGAUGACGAAAGCGACGAAGAACAAAAAGUCUUUCAAAAAAAGCAAAAAAUCAAAAAGAAACGUCAGGGGCGCACAUCAGUGGUGGAUGAUAAAUUCUUUAAGUUGAGCGAAAUGGAAGCAUUUUUGGAGGAUGAGGACGCAAAAGAGAUGCGACGCAAAAACAAAAAGGGCGAUAACACGCUGGAUGCUACGGUCGACUAUUUUGCGGACGAUUUUGGUGUAGAGGGUGAGGAGGAGGAUGAGGAGGAUGCGAAUCCAGCAUACAAAGACUUUUUCGAUGAGGAAGAUGAAGAUGCCGAGGAAAGUCUUGGAAAACAAACCAAAAAGCAAAAGGAUCAUUUCAAAGAAGCGCCUAGUGACGAAGAUGAAAAUAUGAGUAUAGAUGGAAAUGAAGAUGAAGAUGAAGAAGAAGAUACUGAAGAGGAUGAGGAGGAUGAAAAUAUGCAAAGUGAAGAUGAAAAUGCUGAAAGUGAUAAUGAAGUCAAAACUACCCAUGAAGGCUUACAACCUGCAUCUUCAGGCUCUGAUGAUUCCGAAGAUGAGGAAGACCACAAAGAUCCAAAGCCACAAUCUUCAUUCGAAAUACGACAGGCGCGUUUGCAGCAGCGCAUACGGGAAUAUGAAGAGGAAGUGCUAGGAGAAAAACCAUGGCAAUUAAGAGGUGAAGUGCAAGCCCCUAGCAGACCGGCGAAUUCACUACUUGAGGAGUUGCUUGAAUUUGAAUCAACCGUACGACCAGCGCCUAUCAUAACCGAGCACACAACACGCUGUUUGGAGGAUAUAAUCAAGCAACGUAUAAAAGAUCAAGCAUGGGAUGACCCGCAGCCAAAAUUGAGACCGGUGCAAACGCCAAAUGAAUUCCGCAAACAAUUGAUAUUAGAUCAUGAGAAGUCCAAAGAGUCACUGGCGCAAGUCUACGAAAAAGAAUAUCAAAAAGAAUUAAAUAAAUUCGAUUUAAAUCGUGGCGACGCCGCUGAGGAGGAGCCGAAAGAGCAUAAGGAAAUAAAACAACUUAUGCGUGAGCUAUUCGUUAAAUUGGAUGCUCUUUCGAACUUCCAUUUCACACCGAAACCGGUGGCGCCUGAGGCCAGAAUCAUAACCAACACACCGGCAGUGAAUAUGGAGGAAGUAGCGCCGGUAGCUGUUAGCGAUGCUAAAUUGCUGGCGCCCGAAGAGGUCUUCCGCGGACCGAAGAAUGAGCUACUCGGCAAAACAGAACGCAAUCGCACGGAUAAGAAUCGCGAGCGCCGCAAGAAGAAGCAGAAGCAACGUGUUAUCAAUCGCCUAUUAGACGAGAAGAACAAGAAGAAGCAAGAGUUGGGCAUAGCGCCAACAAAGAAGGCGGAGAACGCCAAGCUGCUUAAGUCACUCACAAAGCAUCGCAAUGUCGAGAAGUUAAACACUACUAGCGACGAUCAGCGCGCACUGAAGUCCUCCAAGUCGUUCUUCUCCAAAUUGCAGGACACCACCAGCGUGACGGGCCAAGCUGCCAUUGCGGCAAAGGCCAAAAAGCAAAAAUCCACUGGGAAAGCGUUGACAGCGAAAAGAGUGAAAUUGUAAUAAUUCCUAUUGUGGACUUUGUUAGUAAUAAAGAAGUUUAUUUUAUUAUAUUACCUAUGUA